CUCGUUGCGUGACAACACACUCUCUGUUGAUAUUGACCUUUGCUUAGUACUAUCUCUCUGUCGUUUUCUUCCGGCCUUGUUAAAUCACAACCAUCCUCUAUCCUAAUUCUCAGCCUCGUGACUGAUAACCGCUUAACCCGAUGGCUCCACGACUACAGCUCCCGCGAGAAAUGUCGAAACAUUUGCGACUUGUCCCUCGACAUGUUUAUACCAGCUCAAUCUCUUGCAGAGCUGUGUCUUCUCUAAGCCGGGUGUCUCGAUCCAAUGGCAGCCUGAGAACUGCACACACCACUCUUCUGAAUUCGUCGGUUCCAUUGAGACAAUCUGUAGCCCUGUCGAAUAAUCCGCUGUUUAUGGGCAGCCAGCGACGAACUUAUGCGGAUUCGAUCGUAAAGGUACCGCCGAUGGCCGAGUCGAUAUCAGAAGGGACAUUAAAACAGUUUUCUAAAAAGGUUGGCGAAUAUGUUGAGCGAGACGAGGAACUUGCAACCAUCGAAACAGAUAAGAUCGAUAUCACCGUCAAUGCUCCAGAGGCAGGUACGAUCAAGGAACUUUUUGUAAAUGAGGAGGACACUGUUACCGUUGGUCAAGAUCUCGUCAGGCUGGAGACAGGGGGCCCCGCUCCCGAGAAGUCCAAAGAAGAAAAAGAGCCUGUGAAAGCGGAAGAAAAGCCAGCAGCCAAAACAGAAUCUGCUCCCCCGCCACCGUCAUCACCUCCGAAGGAAGAAGCAAAGGCCGCUACCCCUCCACCAAAGUCGGAGCCAACUGUCCAGAAAUCCUCCCCAUCCAAACCGGAGCCGGCCCAAGCGUCGCAAUCAGCCCUUGGGAAUAGGGAAGAACGCAGAGUAAAAAUGAACCGUAUGCGAUUGCGAAUUGCGGAGCGCCUGAAGCAGUCCCAAAAUACAGCGGCAUCGCUCACUACAUUCAACGAGGUCGACAUGUCAUCUCUCAUGGAAUUCCGUAAACUAUACAAGGACGAUAUUUUGAAGAAAACUGGUGUAAAAUUGGGCUUUAUGAGCGCGUUCUCUCGUGCCUGCGUUUUGGCUAUGAGAGAUAUUCCAACCGUCAAUGCGUCUAUUGAAGGGCCCAAUGGCGGAGAUACAAUCGUCUAUAGAGACUACGUCGAUAUCAGCGUGGCGGUAGCGACGGAGAAGGGUCUGGUCACGCCGGUCGUACGAAACGCUGAGUCUAUGGAACUCAUUGGGAUUGAGAAGGCGAUCGCGGAAUUAGGUAAAAAGGCACGUGAUAAUAAAUUGACCAUUGAGGAUAUGGCCGGCGGCACGUUCACCAUUAGCAAUGGAGGCGUUUUUGGAUCUCUGAUGGGUACCCCGAUUAUCAACCUUCCACAAACAGCUGUGCUCGGCCUUCAUGCGAUCAAGGAUAAGCCAGUCGUCGUCAAUGGAAAAAUUGAGAUCAGGCCUAUGAUGUAUCUCGCAUUGACCUACGAUCACCGCCUUCUGGAUGGUCGGGAAGCCGUCACGUUCUUGGUUAAGAUUAAGGAGUAUAUCGAAGAUCCGAGGCGAAUGCUUCUGGCAUAGUUGCCUUCCCGCUGCACUCUAACUCCUGUCAUGCCAGGUCUCCGAGCCAGAAAAUAUAUGUAUAUCACGGUAUUUUUCCUUUCUAGCGCUACGUUAACUGGACAGGUGUGAAUAGAUUUUCCGACUGUCAUUUUGAUUCACUUUUUCCUACCUUCUUUCCGUACUAGGGAGGGAGAACUAAAAUCAUUGUCUCUUGACCUUUUUUUUAUUCUGGCGAUAAUUUGUAUAUAGAUGAAGUUGUUUACUACAAAUAACCUCCGGGCACUUUCCUUUGUGGCAAUCAUCAGAAGGUAUAUCUUCACCUUUUGCUUUCCGGUUAUAUCCUGCUAGAAUUGGUGAUGUUGUGUAUAACAUUCGUGUUGCCUGUUGUUUACAUCUGUAGGCCACGUCUUGUUUACUUACUGCAAGGUACGCAAAUAUGAGGUCAUUCGCGCGGUUUUGUCAGAACAUAACGAAUAUGUUCUAUCUGAUGGUCGCCCUGCAUAUCUUGCCUAUAUGUCCUCCUUCAAAGGUUAAAUAAGAAUCAAAAAUAUUCUUUGGUUAUC